ACGCCAAAACUCCUCAAAAACCAAUAACACCAAUCACAACCAUGGCUGAGGCCGUCUCGAGCAUCAUCGGAUCUAUUGUGCAGAAACUAGCUUCAUCGGCUAUUGAAGAAAUUCAACUGGUAUGGGGCGUCAAGCAUGACCGAGAGAAGCUCAAGAGCACGCUAGAGAUGAUCCAGAAGGUGCUCGCCGAUGCUGAGCAGAAGCAAACAAAAGAGGCAGCUGUGAGGCUUUGGUUGUCAAAGCUUAAAGACUUCUGCUACGAUGCCGAGGACGUGCUAGACGAAUUCGAAGCUAGAGCUUUGUUGAGGCGGGCGAGGUCGACCGAGCACUUGACCCUCAAAAGGAAGGUACGCUACUUGUCCUCGUGGAUAUCCAACUUCAUUUUCCAGUUUAAGAUGGGACAUAAGAUGAGAGAACUGAGAGCGAGACUUGAUGAGAUCGAUAAAGAGAAAACUAAGUUCAACCUGUCGAGUGAUGUUGAUGAAAAGACUAUAGUUCCGCAAAGGGAAACUUAUUCUUUUGUACCCGCUUCAAAAGUGAUUGGAAGGAAGGAAGAAAAGAAAAAAAUAAUAGAGCUGUUGAUAAGAUCAGAUGAUGGUGGAGCUGGUACGAUAGCAGUUGUUUCAAUUAUUGGAAUAGGAGGUGCUGGAAAGACGACCCUUGCUAAAUUGGUUUACAAUGAUGACGGGAUAAAAAACCAUUUCGAUUGCCUAGUUUGGUUAUCCAUGCCAGUAAAAUUCCAGAUUACGAAAAUAAUAACAGACAUCGUCGAGUCUCUUGGUCACAAAGAAAAAUAUGAUAAACUUGACAUGCUGCAAAGCCGCCUAAGAAGCAUGGUGGAGAACAAAAGGUGUUUGUUUGUAAUGGAUGAUGUGUGGGAAGUGACGCGGGAGGCUUGGGCGGAACUGACAGAGUUGUUAGAAGGCGUUUCCGAAGGGAGUAAAGUCAUCGUGACUUCGCGGAAUGAAUCGAUCGCCUCAAUCAUGGGCACUGUCCCCCCGCUUAAAUUGGCCGAGCUUUCGCAGGAGGAUUCUUUGACUUUGUUCGUGAAGUACGCGUUCAAUCCAGGGCAAGAGAAGAAUCACCCGGACCUCAUGGAAAUCGGUAAGGAAAUUGUGAGCAAGUGCAGUGGAAAUCCUAUGGCGGUAAAGGCUCUGGGAAGCUUGUUGUAUGCAAAAAACGAUCGGAGCGAUUGGGAAUAUGUAAGAGAUAGUCAGAUGUGGGAAUUACAAACUGAUAUUUUACCUUCACUAAGAAUAAGUUAUGAUCUAAUGCCGUCUUACUUGAAACGAUGUUUCGCUUAUUGCUCGAUAUUCCCGAAGAAUCACAAGAUCGAGAACUUUGAUCUGAUCCAACUGUGGAUCUCCAGUGGGUUUAUCCAGUCCAGCGGAAAUAGUCAGGAGCCGGAAGAGAUUGGACGGCGGUACUUGGAGGAGCUGCGGUCAAGAUCCUUCUUCGAUGUUGUCGAGGACGAAUAUCCGCUCCAGUCCUUCAGAAUGCAUGACCUCAUUUACGAACUCGCCAUUUCGGUGGCACAAACCGAAUCGUCCAACAUGAAAGUGUGGACGCAGGAUAUUUCCCCGAGGACUCGGCAUCUAUCAUUUCCCAACCCAUCUCGUGUACCAAAAGAUGAACUAAGCCGCUGCUUGAGCAAACUGAGCCGCGUUCGCACCAUUAUAUGUGAGGGGUUGAGAUCCUCUGACUCUGAGGCGUUCUUUCUGGAGACAUGCAUUUCGCGAUUCAAGCACUUGCGAGUGCUAUGGCUAGAUGGCUCUAGCUUUGACCAACUGCCUAGUUCCAUUGGCGGUCUAAAGCAUUUGAGGUUUCUCAAUUUAAAUGACAACCGCGAUAUCAAGAAACUCCCCAAAUUGGUCUGCGAGCUUCGCAAUCUGCAGUACUUAGGUCUUGGUGGGUGCGAGGAACUCGAGGAACUGCCUGCAGACAUCAAGAAUAUGAUCAGUCUCCGCGUUUUGAUGAUAACCACGAAACAGCAGCGUUUCCCGAAGAGGGGAAUAGGAUGCUUGACCUCUCUGCAGUGGCUAUUCAUUGGAGACUGCGAGAAUUUGGAGGCCUUGUUCGAUGAUAUCCAAUCGCUCGUGUCGCUCCGUAAGUUGCUCAUUUUUUAUUGUCCGAAGUUGGCCUCCUUACCACAAGGCAUCAAGAAUCUCAAGGCAUUGGAGGAUCUCUUGAUUGGCGGCUGCCAGAGCUUGAAGCUGCCGGGAGGCGAAAGUAAUGAACCACGCUCCAUGUCGAGGCUUCAAUCGUUCAUAAUUGAGGAAUUACCGGAAAUAGUUUCUUUGCCUGGGUGGCUCGAAGGUUCUGCAAGCACACUGCAGAGGAUAAGAAUUAAGGAUUGUCCCAACCUGAGUGUAUUGCCCGAGUGGCUGCAAAAUUGUUCUUCUCUGAGAACACUGGAGAUUGAAGACUGUCCUGGAUUGUCCUCUCUGCCAGACGGCGUUCGCCUCAUUCCCACAUUGACAAAGCUGCGGAUAUCUCGUUGCGGGGAAUUGAGCAGUUGUGGAGAAGAAGAUGAUUAAAAUUGAUUCAUCGAAAAAAUCAGUUCCACGAGAGUUGCGGAUAAUUAACUAAUUGCGGGGGAAUUGAGCAGGAGCACCGAUGUUGAAGAAGAAGAUAAUUGCGAAUAAAAUGUCUAAAUAUCUAGAUAUUGUCUUGUAAAAUAAAUUCUUAUAAGAUGAGUGUAAAAAUGGGUGGCUAACAGG